AAGGUUAAAUCAGAUGAAGGAGCUUCGAAGUUGGAGUAUAAGCCAGGACUUCUCGACGAUUUCUUCAUGCAAUCGUUCCGGAACAAAUUGGUCGAGGAAGUCGGGUCGGAUUCAGAGAAACCCGGGUACGUUGGGCUUAUUGAGUUGGUGAAGCUUCUCUUGUUGAAAGGUCGAUCUAAAUCGGAGACAAGUGACGCUGCGGUUCGAAUACUGAAAUCGUUGUUUCCUCCACUCAUUUUAGAGCUUUAUAAGCUUCUCAUAGCUCCUAUAGCACAAGGGAAAUUAGCUGCUUUGAUGGUUGCAAGAGUUACUGUACUUACCUGUCAAUGGCUCAUGGGACCGAGCAAAGUAAACAUCAUCGAUCUUCCUAAUGGAGAAUCUUGGGAUAGCGGGGUUUUCGUGGAGAAAUGUCAGUAUCUAGAAGAAGCAAACGUUUUUAAAGACUACAUGGGAGUUCCUUUGGUGAUGGAACCAAACUUCAAAGAUUAUAGUUGCCAGUUUAAAUUUGGAGUAGCUCCACCUGAGGAUGAUGGCAAUGUUAACGAACCAUGUUCACAAAGAGAUGUCCUAAUAAUGGCGUUGAAGGCGGUGGUUUUUGUAUAUUGUGUGGUUUCUCUCUUCAGUGUUCAGUUAGCUGAUGCUCAACAUGAAGGACUGCUAGUUUCACCAACGUUAUCACCUUCAACUUCACCAGCUAUCUCUGAUCUGCCCCUACCAGCUGAAUUUCCACGGUUUCACAGAAAGUAUUUCGCACCACAACAAGCAGAAGCACCUGAGCAUCCUCCCCCCUAUAGUCGUUUGGUUGCCUCUGUCCAUCCCCCUAUCAACUCACAUUUCUCCAAACCUUCCAUGAAAAAGAAUGCCCAGUCUCCUGGAGCCGGCUUGGUUGAUAUUGCUCCAGCACAAUCUAGCAACGGUGCACUUCCUGAUGCCUUAACUCAGCCACCUUUGUCCCCCUCCGUUUCAAAUUGUUGCAAACCAGAUAUGGUGCUUAAACGAAGAAGUAUUGGUUGCCACUGUGUGUAUCCUAUAAAGCUAGACAUCCUUCUCUUGAAUGUUUCAGAAACUCCUAGUUGGAACAUGUUCUUGAACGAAUUUGCUACCCAGCUUGGCCUCCUACCUCACCAAAUCGAGCUGAUUAACUUCUAUGUGCUAAGCUUAUCAAGGAUGAACAUAUCGAUGGAUAUCACCCCUCAUUCUGGAAUUAGUUUUUCAGCCAGUCAGGCAUCAGCAAUAAACUCUUCGCUUAUCAGCCACAAGAUUCAGUUUAGCCCUACUUUGGUGGGAGAUUACAAACUUCUAAACCUUACUUGGUUUGAGGCCCCUGCACCUUCUCAAGCACCUCUAGUGGCUUCUUCACCUCAUAAAGCACCAUCACAAGGAUCCUCAGCAUCUACGUCAGUAAGAUCUCCAGGGAAAAAGAAGCAUCCCAAUCUUAUUCUUAUCUUUGCUAUAGCCGCUGGUGUGCUUAUACUUGCCAUAAUCACUGUGCUUGUUAUUUGUUCCUGCGCACUCCGAGAAGAGAAAGCUCCUGAUCCACACAAAGAAACUGUAAAACCAAGAAACCUGGACGCUGGUUCAGUUGGGGGAUCUCUUCCUCACCCAGCAAGUACACGGUUUCUGUCAUAUGAAGAACUCAAGGAGGCAACUAGCAAUUUUGAAUCUGCUAGCAUUCUAGGGGAAGGUGGGUUUGGCAAGGUAUACAGAGGCAUCUUAGCCGAUGGUACUGCUGUAGCGAUUAAGAAGCUAACAAGUGGAGGGCCACAAGGCGAUAAAGAAUUCCAGGUGGAGAUUGAUAUGCUAAGCCGUCUUCAUCAUCGUAAUCUUGUGAAACUUGUGGGUUACUAUAGUAGUCGAGAUUCUUCUCAGCACCUACUUUGUUAUGAGCUCGUUCCAAAUGGCAGCCUCGAGGCUUGGCUCCAUGGGCAUCUAGGGUUGAACUGUCCUCUUGAUUGGGACACCAGAAUGAAGAUUGCACUUGAUGCUGCAAGAGGACUUGCAUACCUUCAUGAAGACUCACAACCGUCGGUUAUACAUAGAGAUUUUAAAGCCUCUAAUAUACUCCUUGAAAACAAUUUCAAUGCCAAAGUUGCAGAUUUUGGCCUAGCCAAACAAGCUCCUGAAGGCAGGGGUAAUCACUUAUCUACCCGUGUUAUGGGCACAUUUGGGUAUGUAGCGCCUGAAUAUGCAAUGACGGGACACCUACUCGUCAAGAGUGAUGUUUAUAGUUACGGCGUGGUCCUUCUCGAGUUGUUAACUGGUAGAAAACCUGUGGAUAUGUCACAACCUUCAGGCCAAGAAAAUCUCGUCACUUGGACAAGGCCAGUUCUAAGAGACAAAGACCGGUUAGAAGAACUAGUCGAUUCAAGACUCGAAGGAAUAUACCCAAAAGAAGAUUUCAUAAGAGUCUGCACAAUCGCUGCAGCUUGUGUUGCACCUGAAGCUAGCCAGAGACCAACGAUGGGCGAAGUGGUUCAGUCACUUAAAAUGGUUCAACGGGUGGUUGAGUAUCAAGACCCGGUUUUAAACACUUCAAAUAAAGCUCGUCCUAACCGGAGACAAUCAUCAGCUACGUUCGAGUCAGAAAAGUCUCAUGUAGAUGAUGAUGAAGAAGAUAGGCUCGAGGGUUUGGAGAACAGAUUAAGUGAGCUUAAAAGGAAAAUUCAAGGAGAAAGAGUUAGGUCUAUUAAAGAGAAAUUUGAGGCUAAUAGAAAGAAAGUGGAUGUUAAUGUUACUCCCUUUUCAUCUGCUGCAUUGAGCCGGGCUACCGCAGGGGAGAAUGGAAAUAGCAAUGUGUUUUCUUCGAGAAUGGAAAUACCACUCUGCAAGUUAAAUGGUUUUUCUCAUGGGGUGGGAGAUAGAGACUAUGUUCCUACUAAGGAUGUUACAGCAGCAAGUGUCAAGCUUCCGAUUGCUGAGAGAAUACCGCCUUACACUACCUGGAUAUUUCUGGACAGAAAUCAAAGAAUGGCGGAAGAUCAGUCUGUGGUUGGUCGAAGACAAAUUUACUAUGAGAGACAUGGUGGUGAGACACUGAUAUGCAGCGAUAGUGAGGAAGAACCAGAACCUGAGGAGGAAAAACGUGAAUAUUCCGAGGGUGAAGACUCUGUUAUAUGGUUGAUUGGGCAGGAGUAUGGCAUGGGUGAGGAAGUGCAGGAUUCUCUUUGCCAGUUUCUCAGCGUAGAUGCUUCAGACAUUCUGGGAAGAUACAAUGAACUCAAGUUGAAGGAUGAGCAGAAUACUGAGGACUUUUCUAAUUCCGGAUUCAAGCUUGGAAUAUCUCUGGAAAAGGACCUUGGUGCAGCUCUAGAUUCUUUUGAUAAUCUUUUCUGCCGCCGUUGCUUGGUAUUUGACUGUCGUCUGCAUGGAUGUUCUCAGCCUUUAAUUAGUGCUAGUGAAAAACAGCCUUAUUGGUCUGAUUAUGAAGGUGAUAGGAAGCCCUGCAGCAAACAUUGUUACCUCCAGGUCAAGGCGGUCAGAGAAGUACCUAAAGCAGAAGAGAAAGCUUCAAAAGAGGAAUGCAGCAAGGCUAUCUCCUCAGAUGACCCUCAUGAUGCUGCUACUGGUGUCAAUCUGCAAGUUGAGAAGACUGAUAUUGGUUUCAAGAAUUUAGAUUCAUCCUCUGGUGUAGAACAAGAGCAUGGAAUUAGGGGAAAGCGUGAGGUCCCGAAUCUCGAAGACUCCAAUGAUCUGCCUAAUUUAUCAAACAAGAAACAGAAGACCACAGCCUCAGAUACAAAAAUGUCACUUGUUAAUUCUACCCCUAGCUUAGAUCAGGCAUUUGAUAGCUCAAAGGGUGAUCAAAGUGAAACAGUUGAGACCAAUAAUGUAAACAGAGACUCAGGAGCUGAUUCAAAAGAAGUAGCUGAACCUAUUCCAGACAUUUUGGUCCAUGAUGGUGGUUCCUCUGUUUGUCAGCCAGACCAUGGUAGUGGAAAUGGAUCAAUAAUCAUUGGAGAAAUGUCUGAGAAAAGUCAACCAUCUACAGAGUGGAACCCUAUCGAGAAGGAUCUUUACUUAAAGGGAGUCGAAAUCUUUGGGAGAAACAGCUGUCUUAUUGCAAGAAACCUACUUUCUGGCUUGAAGACAUGCCUAGAUGUGUCCAGUUACAUGCGUGAAAACGAAGUUUCAGUUUUUCGAAGAUCUAGCACCCCAAAUUUGCUGUUGGAUGAUGGCAGGACUGACCCAGGGAAUGAUGAUGAUGAGGUGCCUCCAAGGACAAGAUUGUUCCGUAGAAAAGGUAAAACUCGAAAGCUAAAAUACUCUACAAAGUCUGCUGGUCAUCCAUCUGUCUGGAAAAGAAUAGCCGGUGGCAAAAACCAGUCCUGUAAACAAUACACACCAUGUGGAUGCCUGUCAAUGUGCGGAAAGGAUUGCCCUUGUCUAACCAAUGAAACUUGUUGCGAGAAAUAUUGCGGGUGCUCAAAAAGCUGCAAAAAUCGCUUCCGAGGAUGUCAUUGUGCAAAGAGUCAAUGCAGAAGUAGGCAGUGUCCCUGCUUUGCUGCUGGCAGAGAAUGUGAUCCAGAUGUUUGCAGAAAUUGCUGGGUUAGUUGUGGAGAUGGUUCUCUCGGCGAAGCACCAAGACGCAGAGAAGGGCAAUGCGGAAACAUGAGACUUCUCCUGAGGCAACAACAGAGGAUACUAUUGGGAAAGUCUGAUGUUGCUGGAUGGGGUGCUUUUCUAAAGAACUCGGUCAGCAAAAAUGAGUAUCUCGGAGAAUACACUGGCGAAUUGAUCUCACACCGCGAGGCGGAUAAGCGUGGGAAAAUAUAUGACCGGGCAAAUUCGUCUUUCCUUUUUGACUUGAAUGAUCAGUACGUCCUCGAUGCUCAACGCAAAGGAGACAAGCUGAAAUUUGCCAAUCACUCGGCAAAACCCAAUUGCUAUGCUAAGGUGAUGUUUGUAGCAGGAGAUCACAGGGUCGGCAUUUUUGCAAACGAACGAAUAGAAGCUAGCGAGGAGCUUUUCUAUGACUACAGAUAUGGACCAGCCCAAGCACCAGCUUGGGCUCGCAAACCUGAAGGCUCCAAGAAAGAUGAUUCAGCCAUUACUCAUCGUAGAGCCAGAAAGCAUCAAUCUCAUUGAUGAUUGCUGGCUAACAGAGGGGAUAAAACAAUUUAUGAAUU